AUGGACAUUUCACAAAAAUUAACUGAAUGGUUCGCUUCUGAAAGGUCAGAAGUAGAGCCAUCGCUCCUGGCCUAUGUGUUAUUAUAUUCUACCAAAAAUCUGACGGGUCUUGUGGAUGUCUUGAAGUGUCUCGCUUCAUUUUGGGAUGAAGGAGAUGCUGUAUGUCGAACUAAAUGUAUUGAACUGUUGGCUCAAGUCGUUACACCUAGUCAAUCAUCGCUUGAUUCCACAACAAACAAUGCGAUUAUCCAAUUCUUAAGCGAGCGUUUAGACGAUCCUGUUCUUGUGCCUAGAUUUGUUGAUAUAUUCUCAAUCUUAAUCCAAUCAGACAACAUCUCCAGCACUGAUGCGCUUCAGUUAUGCAAUGCUAUUUUCACUCAUAUCAAAGUCAAGAAAUUACCUCAACAGAGCCGGUACAAAAUUCUGAUCAUUUUGGGCAAGACAUUGGAAAAAUAUGCCUUAGAAACGCAACGAUCCAAGGUUAAUUUCAUAGGCGGUUUCAUCAAUUGCAUGGAUGGCGAAAAAGAUCCCCGUAAUUUGAUGGUUGCGUUUGAGCUAGUGCGAGCUAUCAUUGAUCGAUUCGACAUUUCUCGCCACAUUGAAGAUUUGUUUGAUGUUGUAUUUUGCUACUUCCCCAUCAGUUUUGCAGCACCAGCCAAUGAUCCAUUCAGCAUCACUACAGAAGAUCUUAAAGACAGCCUUAGACGAUGCUUAGCAGCAACGCCCUAUUUUGCUUACUAUGCUACACCAUUAUUGAUAGAAAAGCUGCUGUCAACUACAGGCAGCGCUAAAAAAGACGCCAUGGAAACAAUAGGCCUUUGUGCUCCCGCUUAUGGUGCACACGCCAUUUUGCCUCAUGCCCAAGAUUUAUUCGACGCUCUUGUCAGAGAAGUGUACCAAGAAGCCGAUGCUUCCAUGGUACAAGUUGCGCUCGAUGCUAUCCACAAUGUUGUGGCCACUUUAGGCACAGGCAUCAGUAUUGCCAAUAUCCGUGAUCCAGUUGAGAAAGCAAUCGAUUCCCUGUUACACAAAUGUGUGGAAGAACUAAAGGAGCCAGAACUGAAAAAUGCCAGAUCAGCAGCUUAUAUCCUGAGAGCAGCAGCAUCAGCAUCUGAUCCAGCAUGCACAUCUGUCACACAUACAGCACUUCCCAUCAUCUGCCAGCAAUAUAAGACAACAGACCCUACUAUUAGAAGAAAAGCCAUACUCGAUAUCUUGACUGAAUUGUUAGUUGCCAGCAAGAAGCUAUAUGGAUCAGUGGAAGACGUUGGAUACGACCGUGAUUUUCAAACACCCUUAUUAAUGUACAAGCAGCAAAUCUUGCAAGUCUUUAUGCUUUCGCUCGACACAGCUGACAUAGUGCUCAAACAAGCUAGUCUGAAGGGCAUUCACGAGAUGGUCCUAAUGAAGCAAUUCUUGAAGGGCGAAGAGGUGAACAUGACUGUAGAUCAGCUUACAGGACAAUUAAUGCAGGAAGACGCGCAAUUACGAGCACUUUCUCUAUCCACACUUGGCGUUGUAUCCAAGUUAUACCCAAUGAUAUUAGGUCAACGCACCUUCCCUGCUCUCCUUGAAUGCCUGCCAAGCCUAGACAACCCCAUCAUAUCAGAAAACUACAGAAACAGACUGGAUGAAAUUCAAGUCUUGGGUGCACAUCCUGCUGUAUUCAAGAUCAUUGUACAAUCCAUAUUGGAAAAGGUGGAUUUUGCUUGUAGACACGUUGGCAAAGACAACUGUGGUUUUGUUCAUGACAUGGCAUUGACUUUGCUCAAGAUUUACAAGGCUGCUUCCAAAGACUGUGAAAUCGUGAUUUACGGACGAACUGCGCUGCUGCCUACUGUACUGGCUGAAUGCAUAAAGUCUGUCUCUGGAAAUGAGGGAAGCUGGUAUUUAGACAACACAUUAAUUGAAAUAUUUGCCAUGAUUGCAGCCAUUACAACUAGACUAUCUAGCAGCAGUGAACAACAAACAUCUAUCAACGAUGCUUUCACACUGUUUGUGCAGGGCGAUGCCUCUCAGCUGGACCAGAACAUACACAUUGAUUCAUUGCCUAUAUUUGGUGAUAUUACGACAUUGCCUUCUGCUAUUGAUAUCACUUUACUCUUCACUGCCAUCAUCAGCAAUUGCAGUAAAACUGUCCAGUUGCCUACACCUAGUUUAUCCGGGUUUAUGACGAAUUUAAUACAGACAGCGAUACAAACACCUUCCGAAAUGAAGAGAUUGGCCUUGUCAAAAAUCGCAGCCUCAAUUAUAAAUAAAUGGCUGAACGAUGAAUUACUAAGCCAUGUCAAGCAUCUAGUUGCAGAGUCAGUUUUGCCAACAUUGGAGACAGCAGCCGACGCACGCAACAAGCGACCGACGUUUGUUAUCUUGGUGUGGAUCAUCAAAGCGCUCAUUAUUCGUGGCCAUCAAUAUGGUUUUGAACUGCUGGACAGUGUGAUCAAACAAUGUGGUUCUCUCGAAUUAGGAAAAGACGCUGCUGAUAGCUUCAUCAUCUUGUUGCAUCAGGACGAGUUGAUCUUGAACAAGAGUUCGCAUGCCGUUGUAUCAAUCUUGUUCAAACAAAGAGUGUUUACACACUGCUUUAGAAAGCUCAUGCAUGGUGCUGAAUCCGUGGACAUCCGCCAACCCGAACUGCAAGUAAACUAUCUGUUGGCAUUGAUCCAUGUGCUACAGAACAUCCCAAGCCAAGUAGCGACAAACGAAUUACACAGACUCAUGCUGCCGAUCAUUGUUGCCCUAUCGUCACACGACAGUAAUCUCGUUACGUCUACGCUGACUGUAGCACAUAACAUUGUGCCAAAUGCCCAGGACCUCGUCGUACGACAUCUUGGGUCCUUUAUUCAUGCAUUGCUGAGACUGACCCGAUUCCAGUCAGCUAAUGUCAGAACAAUUGCACUAGAAUGUCUAGCCAGCAUCGCCCUGAAAGGAAAGCCCGAUGUACUGAGGCCCUUCCAGCCAUCCGUGGUCAAGGAAUUAUCAACAGCGUUGGACGAUAAGAAACGUCUAGUGAGAAGGCAUGCGGUUGAUUGUAGAGAAAAAUGGUAUGCCAUUGGAAAAUAA